AUGACAAAGGUCGAUGUGAGCGACUUGCUCAUCCUGCUCGGUGUUGCACUCGCAACAGCCGCCUACUUCACAAAGGGCAAGCUAUGGGCCGUCGAACGGAAAGCGCCCGUCUUUGCAUCAACCCUCGCAGCGGCUGGUCAAGCAGAGAAGACGCGCGAUAUCGUCAAGAAGAUGCGCGAGUCUAACAAAAAUGCCGUCGUUUUUUAUGGUUCACAGACUGGUACUGCUGAAGACUAUGCAAAUAGGCUAGCGAAGGAAGGUCAUGCAAAGUAUGGACUGCAGACGAUGACUGCUGACCUGGAGGAUUACGAGUACGACUCGCUCGACAGCUUUCCCGAAGAUGCCGUUGCUUUCUUUGUGCUGGCAACGUAUGGCGAAGGCGAACCUACUGACAAUGCUGUGCCGUUCUUUGACUUUAUCAAAGACCCUGAUUCGCAGUUUGCCUCAGGACAGUCGGCAGAGGAGACACCCUUGACGGCCAUGAAGUAUGUUGCCUUUGGACUCGGCAAUAAGACCUACGAACACUACAAUGCUGUUGUGAAGAUCUGCGACGCUGCACUGAGUAAGCUGGGCGCUUGCGCACUCGCACCGUAUGGCAUGGGUGACGACGCGGAUGGCACAAUGGAGGAAGAUUUCUUGUCAUGGAAGGAGGAGAUGUGGACGCAAGUCUCGCAAAAGAUGGGUCUUGAAGCACGCGAGGUACAGUAUGAGCCUGCGUUUGAGGUCACUGAAGACGAUGAGCUCUCACGCGAGUCAGGGUCUGUCUUCCUGGGUGAGCCCAGCAAAAAGCACUUGACCAAGGCUGCAAAGCCCUUCAAUGCCAACAAUCCCUUUUUGGCACCGAUUGCUACUUCUACAGAGCUCUUCACCGUCAAGGGUCGUAAUUGUAUGCAUGUCGAGUUUGACUUGGCAGGAUCUGGUGUCAAGUACAAGACGGGCGACCACCUCGCACUCUGGCCCAGCAACGCUGAUCAGGAGGUUGAGCGACUCUUGCGUGUGACUGGACUCACCAGUAAGCGACACACAGUCAUCCGCGUUCGUGCACUCGACUCGACCGCUAAAGUGCCCGUGCCGCAACCAACGACGUACGAUGCAGCUAUGCGAUACUAUCUCGAAAUUUGCGGUCCAGUAUCGCGUCAGUUCUUGAGCACGCUUGUACAGUUUGCACCAGAUGAGAGCAGCAAGUCAGAGAUGGCUUUGCUCAGCUCAGACAAGGAUGCUUUCCAUAAGAAGGUCUCAGUUCCGCACUUCAACCUGGCACAGCUGCUCGAGUCCAUCACCAGCAAGACCUGGAAUUUGCCCUUCUCUGUCAUCUUGGAGGCCUUUGGCAAAUUGCAGCCUCGCUACUACUCCAUCUCUUCUUCCAGUCUCGUUUCUCCCAAUAAAGUUUCUGUCACUGCCAUUGUUGAGACAAAGUCGUUUCCCGGCCACAAGAAUGUCCUGAAUGGUGUCACGACCAACUACCUACUCGCUCUAUCGCAACUCAAAAACAACGUCACAGAUCCGCAUCCAUAUGGCGUUGGGUAUGAUCUCGCUGGACCACGGGAAAAGUAUAGCGGCGCCAAAAUUCCCGCACAUGUGCGACAAAGCAACUUUAGAUUGCCUGCAGAUCCAAGCGUGCCCAUCUUGAUGGUGGGACCUGGUACGGGUGUCGCGCCCUUUAGGGCAUUCGUUGAAGAGCGUGCAAAACAAGCAGCAGAGGGUAUGCAAGUGGGCAAGACGAUGCUGUUUUAUGGCUGUCGCAGCCGCAACGAGGACUUCCUGUAUAAGGAUACCUGGCCGCAGUACCAGCAAGCGUUGGGUGAUGCAUUUGAUAUGGAUGUUGCCUUUUCACGGGAGGGCUCACAGAAGGUGUAUGUGCAGCAUCGUCUCAAGCAGCGUGCAGAGGAGGUGAAGCGGAUCUUGGUGGAGGGCAAGGGGAAUGUGUACGUCUGUGGUGAUGCGUCACACAUGGCACGCGAUGUAAACAAUGCACUGGUGGAGAUUCUGGGUGAUUCUGCGGUACAGGCUCUGCGGACACAGACCAAGUACUUUGAGGAUGUCUGGUAG